UUUCAUAAUCAGAGAAUAAGAACAAAAAUUACAAUUUGUAUACGAGUAAAAUAAGUAUAGAUGCUUAAAUUCUUAAGCAAUAAUUCAUCAAACCCAAAAUCUAGAAACAGAGAGCGUAAGAACAAAAGAUGAAGAACCGUAGGAAACGGGGCGUUGGUGACGUCGUUGUUUCAUGGAGAAGAUUUUUCCCGUUUGUUGCUCUGUUCGUCUCCUCCUUCCUUGUCUUCUCGGCUUUGUUCAUCUUCUUAGGGAAAUUCCGCCCGUCGAUUAAGGCGGUUCAUGGUGGCUCUGUACCGCCGGUUAUGGUGGCCCCGGUUCAUGAAGCGGUUAAGUUUCCUGACCAAACACUUAUUCUCAUAAAGUAUUAUCAAUGGUCUUCUCGGUUAUUAACAAAAGAUGACCUCUUCUGCGUUUUCGCCCACACAAACGAUUCGUCCAAAGUGUAUAAAGAGUUACCAUUCGCGGUGGAAAUCAGCGAUCCCGGCCGUCAGAUUGUACGGUGUUCCGCCGUGCCACGUCACCAUACUGUAUCACUCGCCGUUACGAGAUGGACGGUUGAUAAUCGUUUCCUGGUGGGAGCCACAUACCAGUGGGAUAGGCUGGUUUACGACGCCGUGAUCGACCACGAUAACACCACGGUGGCGUUUGUCAAGGGUUUAAAUCUAAGGCCAGGAAAAGUUGCUGACGUGUCAAGAUACGAGUGCGUGUACGGUUGGGAUUUAGCGAAGCCCAAGCUUUUGCUUAGGUCACAAGUUAUCUCUGCGGCCCAAGAGAUCGUACGGUGCAAAACGCCACUAACAGUGUUAAAGGGCCCACGAGUGGCCCAAUCUUCUGCGGUUAAAGUCUCUGUGAGAAUCAAAGGAAGUGGGAUGCUACCUUCCGUUGCCCACCCAAUAAACCAUCCGGUUCGGGUCAAAGACUUGACCUAUGGUGAAAGAAAACAAUUCGAGACAUGUGUUUGUACCAUGACACGAAACGCAGCCAACGUUUUGAGAGAAUGGGUGAUGUAUCAUGCUGGAAUCGGCGUUUCACGAUGGUUCAUCUACGACAAUAAUAGCGAUGACGACAUAGUUUCCGAGGUCAAGAAUCUAAAAAACAGCGGUUACAACGUUUCUAGACACUUUUGGCCGUGGAUCAAAACUCAAGAAGCUGGGUUUGCUAACUGCGCGAUUCGAGCCAAACGCGAUUGUGAUUGGGUCGCGUUUAUUGACGUCGACGAGUUUUUUUACAUCCCGUCUGGUCAAACCUUAACCCAAGUCAUAAAAAAAUACACAACACCAUCAUCAUCGUCUAGCAAGAUUGGUGAAAUACGAACGUCAUGUCACAGUUUCGGACCUUCCGGUCUUAAAGAUCCACCUCGUCGUGGAGUCAUGGCAUCUUACACGUGUCGUAUGUCGCAACCGGAGAGACACAAGAGCAUAAUUAGACCAGAAACGCUAAACACGACGCUUAUAAACGUUGUGCACCACUUUCAACUAAAAGAAGGGUUCACGUUUGUUGACGUUGAAAAAGAUGCGAUGAUAAUCAACCAUUACAAAUAUCAGGUAUGGGAUAUUUUUAAGGAGAAGUUUAAAAGAAGAGUGGCAACAUAUGUAGCGGAUUGGCAGGACAAGGAGAAUGUCGGGUCGAAAGAUCGGACACCCGGGUUAGGGACACGACCCGUUGAACCGUCUGAUUGGGCUGAGAGGUUCUGCGAAGUGAGAGAUAAUGGGCUCAAGGACUGGGUAUUGGAGAAUUUCGUGGACCGUAAAACGCAGCGUUUAGUGUGGGAGGGAGAAAGGAAUAUAAUGGUGGGUGAAGUUGUUGCUCAGAUGGGUUUGUGCUGAUAAAAUAAUUGGUCGGAAGAGGAAAAAGCAAUUUAAAACCCAAUACUGUUGUAAAAGAAUCUGUAUGUUUUAUUAUUCUUAUGUUUAAAGAUAGAAUUACACUCUUAUAGAAUAAUGAAAAGAAUACAAAUCA